UGUAAAUAAAAACAAAAGAUGGCGACGUCCUUGCUGAGACAAAUUUUGCCAAAUGUGAAAACUUGUAAUCUGCAAGUUCUAACUAUUCCUUAUUCCACAAAACUUGUUGCAACAAAAGAAAAGGAUAAUAAAAUCACACACACUGGACAGAAAUUUGAGAAUGAUGACUACAGAAUGGUUAGAUUCACCGACAGAGAAAAACAGGUGAAUCCUAAUUUUGCAAUUGAUUUAAUCAACUCCAUUCCACCAAAGCCAGUGAAAGAACGAGUUAUGUGGUGCAAUGGUGGAGGAGGUGCUCUUGGCCAUCCUAAAGUGUAUAUUAAUUUAGAUCAGCCAGGUCCUAAAGCUUGUGGUUACUGUGGGUUGAGAUUUGUUUUGGAGCAUGAGCAUCAUUAAUUUGCAAUAUUUACUAGCAUAAUAUGUCAGUUUUUUAGCGUCAACGUUUUUUGAAAAUGUAUAGAACAACAAAAUAAAUUAUCACAAAGGCA